CAUGGUGCAUACAAAUUUCAUGACACCUUGUGUAUCAAAUUGUAAUAUAAAUUUAAUUUUAACUAUAAAAUUGCAUUUUUACCGAAGGGGUGGUAUCGACAUAUGACCAUACAGACGGGAAACCAAGAAAUCUCCACUUCGCGAUUCUCGAGGAAAACCCAAAACCAGGGCUUUCUUUGCUUUCCAUCUUUCGCUUCAACACAAGAUUAGAGUCUGUUUUCUACAGCUUUCUUUAACCCUCUUUUCACUUCGGUCCCAGCUUCCUUUCUCUCACAUCGUAUGCUUUACGUUUCGCCUCUUCUCGCCGGAAAAUCUUCUCACUGUCUCCGUUGCUACACCCAUUUCAUUUCAACCUACAAAGAUUCCACUCACUACUUCGAUUACACCUCCUUUUGAUUCAAAAAUCCUUCAUAAUGCUUCAUGGGUUUUUCAAAAAUCGAGUUGCAUUACUUUUCGCGAUUUGGGAAAAGAGUCAAGUUUUUGGUGGGUUUCUUUAAUCGACCGUCGUAAAGAUUCGAACAACUUCAAUGCCUCGUGUAAGAGAGACUUUUGCUCAUUUAUCUUUAUGAUUUGACUUGAAUUAAAUUGUGGGUCCUGGAAAGAAAAUCCAAACUUUGAUGGAGCAUUCUGGUUCGGCUAGUUCAUCAGUAGCUGGAACCAGUGGCCGUUCAGUGGCUUUCGAGAUUGAUCUUAACGAAGCACCCCUUCCCUCUCCCCGAGAAAUUGUCGGUGGCGGUGUUUUUGCGGCGGAGCACCGAUGCGGUUCUUGUGGCGAACUGGAAGGGGCCAUGGUGAUAUGCGGUGAUUGUGGGAGACGAUUUCAUGUCGAGUGUUUGGGCGUGAGAGAAGAGCAACGGGAAUGGAAGUGUUUCGAGUGUUUGAUAGAAUGCCGCAGUGGGAGGAGGAUCUCGUUAACUGCCGGCGGCGGGUGUGGUUCAGGGCUUUUUGACAUGAAUUCGUCUCCGCCAAAAGAGGCCGACGGCGUCGAGGAGGAUUAUUUCGUCAAUUCAGAGCUAGUAUUAGCAGCAAGCUUCCCCAAUCCCAAAAUGCAGGAUAUGAGGCGUAACCCUUUUUUAGGCUUUACUUUAAGUUCUCAGAUGGCUCAUCCGGAUAUGAGACUCAUAGCAAGUGGAUUUCCUUCUCAAAAUCCAGCACGUUUUGCACACAUGAAUCUUGAAACUGCAACACAAAAAGGCAACUUAGUAUAUCUUCAAGCACUUAAAGACUACAUAUCUGAAAAACGAGGUGUUUUAGGAGAUGGGUGGCGUGUUAAAUUCGAAUAUUCAGAAAAAAAUUACAAAACUUCUGCAGUUUACUUUGCUCCAGAUGGAAAACGAUUUGAUUCAAUGUCAGAAGUUGCUCAUCACCUUGGUUUGAUUCCUGCAUAUAAUUCCUUUGAGAAAGACGAAAAGGGUAGUGGGAUUGUUAUAUUGCAAAAAGGAUCACAUUCUACAAAAAGAACAAAGAGAGGAAGUAACCUCAAGAAAGAUAGUAAUGUGGCAAAUUGGACACAUGGAUCACAAUCUUUUCUUGAUGGUUUUCCUGUUCAAUUUGAAGACCUUUUUGUUAUGUCAGUUGGAAAAAUCGAUCCACACCUUUCAUUUCACAAUACCUCACAAAUCUGGCCCAUUGGUUAUCAAUCUAUCUGGCAUGAUAGAUUUACAGGGUCCAUUUUCAUCCAUAAUGUUUUAGAAGGUGGAGAUUCUGGCCCGAUUUUUCGGAUACAUAGAUACCCAUGCACUAAUCAAUCAAUUCCAUAUGCUUCAAAAGUGUUAUGCAUUACAAAAUGUGGGACAACUCAUGAUGAUGAUGAUACAAACAUUCACCUUAUGCUCACAGACGAUUCUCCUCCACCUCACCUUGAUGAUGAUAAAUCUUCAUGUUCUUUAAAGAUAACUUCAAAACCCGAAAAUAAUCUUCAAAAUGAUGUGAUUGGUGAGUUUAUAGUUGAGGAAAGAUCGAUAACAUCCGCUUGGAAAAAAGCUGUGGAAAGUUUACUAAAAGCAUGUCGUGAGGCUUAUGGGGGUAAAAACGUCCUAAAUUUUUGCUGCAACCAUCGAGUUGAUGGACAAUAUCUUGGACCAACAUCUGAGUUUGAAUCAUUAAGGAAGUUUUGUUACUUAGCGGGCCCGGUCAACAGCAUCCCGGAUAAGAUUUUGACCAUUGAUGAGCUUGAAGCUUGUUUACAAGAGCUGAGAAAAUGGUUAGAAGUUGAUAGAUUUGGUUUAGAUGUUGAGUUUGUGCAAGAACUUAUAGAACAGCUUCCUGGGGUUAGUUCUUGUUCAAAUUAUAAAUCUUUGAAUGCAAGAUGUGAAAGCUCAAGCUCACAAACUAUUGGAAGUGGGUUCUUUAUGGCUUUGAGUAAAAACGGUUUACAACAUUCAGCAGUUUCUAAUAGUAUGAGAAGAUCCCACAAAAGACAAAGUCCACCUGGGAAUUUGGUUGCCUCAAAUCUUCCUCCUCAUUUGAUUGGUGAUGUUAUUCAGGCGUAUGAAAUCUGUUUAAGGUUUUAUGAAGUUUUGGGCUUGGAUGCACCAGUCUCCAGACACGUUCUUGAAAACGAGUUGAUGAAUCCAUGGAUUGAUAAUUUAAAGCCAAUGAAAAGAUCUUUGAAUGAUCUUCAAAAAGACACGAUAAUGAAAGCAUGUGAAGUCAGCAAACCGGAUGAUGAUGUCAGCGAAGAUUCUGAUGCAACAGAAGAAUGUGAGGAAGAAGGUUAUCGAGCAGAAGCAGCUAGCAAAUGUACAGGUGUCCAACUGUCAAAGUUCCACAUGUCACUACUGAAAGUGUUGAUAGAAGACAUGUUAGCAAAAGUUAAGGAAAUCUUUGAUCCGUUUGGUGUUGUGGAAUCAAAGUCAAGAAAAGGGAAGAAGAAAGAUGCUGAGGUGGCAGGUGGUGGGAAGAAGAUAAAUCUUGAUAUGUUUCCAGUGAAUGAAUUUACAUGGCCUGAAGUUGCCCGAAGAUUUAUUUUGGUGGCAUUGUGUAUGGAUGGAAACCUUGAAUCAUCAGAGCUUUUGACUCAUGAAUGUGGAAAAGUGUUUCAUUGUUUGAAUGGUGAUGGUGGCUCACUUUGUGGUUCACUUACUGGAGUGGCUGCAAUGGAGGCUGAUGCCAUGGUUCUUGCAGAAGCUUCCAAGAAAUUAUUUUCAUCAAUGAACAAUAAAGUUGUGGACUUUAUCAUAGAUCAAAAAGAUGAUACAGGAGACUCAAUCAAAGACACAAACAUGAUUGAUGAUGAUUCCCCUGAAUGGACACAAGCUCUAGAACCUGUAAGAAAACUACCCACAAAUGUAGGUGCAAGAAUCAGAAGAUGCAUUCAUGAAUCUCUAAACAAAAAUCCACCCGAAUGGGCUAAAGACAUUCUAGAACAUUCCAUAAGCAAAGAAGUCUACAAGGGCAAUGCAUCAGGACCCACAAAGAGGGCAGUUAUUUUGGUUCUUGAGAGAAUGAGAGUGGAAAACCCUCUACAGAAGCCGAUUAUUGAGAAGAAAGAGAAGGAAAAAAGUGGUGUGAGGACACUUUCUGAUGCUGUUAUGAAAAAGUGUCGCAUAGUGUUACGUUGUGUUGCUAAUACAGAUGAAGAUAGGAUAUUUUUUAAUCUUUUGGCAAAAACUAAUUUGAAGCCAAAUGAUCCUGAUGAUACAGGGGUACUUGGGUACCCUGCAAUGGUUUCUCGUCCAUUGGAUUUUAGGACAAUUGAUCUUAGAUUGGCUGCAGGGUUCUAUGUUACCUCACAUGAAUCUUUCAUUGAGGAUGUUCGUGAGGUUUGGCAAAAUUUACGAAUAGCUUAUCGGGAUUAUCCUGAUCACAUGGAGUUGAUUGAAACACUAUCAAAAAAAUUUGAAGAAUCGUAUCAAGAAGAGGUACUUAACCUAUUCAAUCGAAUCAUGGAAAACGGUAAUAGCUUUGACUCAUCAAGUGAAGAAGGGAAAAAAGAGUUAAACUCUCUACUCCUUGAAACAACGGAAUCCCCAAUUCCCCCUGCACCAUGGGAGGAUGGGGUAUGCAAAAUCCUCCACUUGCAAGAAUCCCUGAUGGGAAUUGGUAUUGCCCUUCAUGCAAAUCAACUCAACCCAUGCCACAAGAUGAGAGAUACAAUGGAGUUGAUGGAGUAUUGGGAAUUAGGCAUUGAGGAGAGGGUUUUCCUUUUCAAAUUUCUAUGUGAUGAGGUCUUGAACUCGGGAGUUGUCCGAAACCACAUCAGUCCCGACUCAGGUGAUUCUGAAAAGAAGCUGCGAAAGCUCUACAAAGAAUUAAAAAAUCAAAACAAAAAAGAGAAAGAGAAAGAAAGUGAAGAUACAUGUCAAGAAGAGCAGUUAUCCGUUUCUAAAUCUGGUGAUAUUCAAAGUCAAAUAAAGAAUGAAGAAAAUGACGAAAACAAACAUGUGGGACCCACGAAAACGGGUCAGGGUCAAGAAUCGGGUUGUGGGGUUUCUUCUUUACAAGAAAAGAUUGCAACUUUGGAGUCAAAAAUAGCAAGACCCGUUGUUAGAAGAGAUUAUUUGGGUCGGGAUUUACUUGGAAGACUUUAUUGGAUCCUUAGCAGCCCUGAACGGGUCGUUGUGUCGGGCCCACCUAGUCGUAGGAAUGAAGGUGAAAUUACCAAAAUGCCCGAAAUGUAUGAUAAUGAUUCUCUUUGGACUUGCUAUGAAUCCGAUGCGGAAAUCCAAGAGCUCAUUGGGUGGUUGAGAGACGAUGAUACAAAAGAGAAAGAACUCAAAGAGACAAUCCGUCAGUGGCACAUGAAUCGAGUAAAUGACGUAAACGCCCUUGAAAACCAUGUUCAAACUGUCGAUGAUAAUCCCGUGUAUGGCACCAAGGCAAGGGCAAUGUUGGAAAAGAAGUUUGGUUCUUUAUCGAAAAAGAACGGGUGCAAGGGUAAAAUGGUCAAGAACGGGAAAUUAUAUAGGUGUGAUUGUUUGGAGUUAGCGGGGCCCACCCGACACCAUUGUUCUUCCUGUCAUUGGACGUUUUUGACUAACGAGGAGCUCGAAGGGCAUAAUGAUGGAAAAUGUCAAAAUCGUCAAGAAUGUGAGGGUCCCACGAAGGGUAAAAAGGUCAAGUUAGUCAAACCGCAGGCUUUGACCAAUCAUGAAGAAUCCGAUUUGCCAUUUGUUUUUGAAGAAAUUCGGGCCAAGUUUUGUACACGAAGUUCUCUUAAAGAAGAAGUCAAAGAAAUCGGUCUUAUCGGGUCAAACGGGACUCCAUCAUUUGUAUACCCACAAGAUAAUAAUUCCGCUUUAUUUUUAUUUUCUGAAACGAAAAAAUUGGUUAGUUCCCAAAACGGGUCAACAGAUAUUCUUCUAUUGGGUACAAAUGAGACACCAUCUAAGGUUGAAAGAUUGAAACCCAAGGGUACAAGUGGAAAAUCAUUGUUGAAGAAUAGAAGCUCAUUGAGAAUAUGCCAAUCUUCUUUGAAGCCGUUAACGGGCCGUGUUGUUGAAAUUCUUAGGUGUCUUAAGAUUAAUUUGUUUGAUAUGGAAACUGCGCUUCCGGAAGAUUCUUUGAGACCUUCAAGAGGAGGCUUGGAUCGCUUACGUGCUUGGCGUAGUUUGGUAAAAUCUUCACAAUCAAUCUAUGAGAUGGUGCAAGCAACACUCAUGUUAGAGGACAUGAUUAAAACCGAAUACUUGAGAAAAGAAUGGUGGUAUUGGUCAUCCCCUUCAACCGCUGCUAAAAUCUCAAAUAUUUCAGCCCUUGCUUUACGAAUAUACGCCCUUGAUGCAGCCAUUUAUUACGAAAAACCCCCGACACCCAAUCUAGACCCCACAGAACCCCUAACACCCAAGAGUUCCAAAUCCGAAAAGAAGACUUCUGAAAAGUCAAAUGCUAAAGAAUCCUCGGAGAAGUCAACCCCGAAAAACAGUCAAAGUCAAAGGGCCAGCAGCUCACCUGUGACCGAGGGUUCAAGGCCUAAAACCAGAUCAAAGAAGAGGAUGAGGGAUUCUGAUAGUUGAUCAAAUUAGAGUUGCUUUUCUUUUUAGACUAUGUAAAUGCUAGAAGAUGGGCUUCAUUCAUUGAUCAUAUAGAAGUUGAAAUGAAACAUGUGUAGUUUUGUGUUGUAAAUAUUUGUUUGAAUGUUGUUGAGUUGGAAAACGACCAUGGUGAUUUCUUGAGGAUUAACAUUGUUUUGGAACUAUGAAUCUUGUUUUGUGUUUGACAUGUAUUCAACUGAAAAAAAAAAAAAAAAGA